AUGUCCGCUCAUUCAAACGUGGAAUCAAUCGAACUGGCGACACCUUCGGCCUUAUCUUUUCACACAGACGAACGGAUAAUCGACCCCAGCGACUCGACCGAAAGCCAUGGAGUGCAGCAUCACCAUCAGCUCGAGCCCACUGACCGGGGCUUCGCGGCAUGGAAGCUCCUCUUGACUGCGUUUGUUUUCGAGGCUCUCUUAUGGGGCUUUCCGCUCUCGUUCGGUGUCUUUCAGAAUUACUACUCCAAACAGCCCGCCUUUGAAAGUAACAGAUACAUCCCGGUCGUCGGGAGUGUCGCUUCUGGUAUCAGUUAUCUCGGCGCACCAGCCGUUACACCCUUGAUCAAGCGAUUCCAGCGCUUUCAGACACAGAUGAUUUGGGCUGGAUGGCUCGUAUGCAUAGGAGGCGUCGUCCUCGCCUCGUUCUGCACCACCGUUGAGACUCUCAUCCUUACCCAAGGAGUCGCCUACGGAGUUGGGUUCCUCAUUUUCUACUACCCGAUCCUCACCAUGGUUAACGAGUACUGGAUCACCCGCCGCGGCAUGGCUUACGGACUGCUAUGUAGCUCAUCGGGUGUCUCUGGGGCCGUCUUCCCAUUCGCCAUCGAGGCACUCCUAGACAAGUACGGCUACCAGACGACGCUGCGAGCUAUCGCUGUUGCUCUGUUCGUCUUGACUGGGCCGUUGAUCCCGUUCUUGAAAGGCCGCUUGCCGACUUCCGUUCACAGCACCUCCACCCGCAUGGACUGGAGCUUUCUUCGCGAUGCCCUCUUCUGGGUCUUUUCCAUUUCCAACAUUGCACAAGGUCUGGGUUACUUCUUUCCGUCGCUAUGGCUUCCAUCAUAUGCCGCAUCCAUCGGCCUCAGCGGAAGAGACGGUGCUCUUCUGCUCGCUUUGAUGAGCGUCUCGCAAGUUGCCGGCCAGCUUACCUUCGGCUGGCUGUCUGACAGAAAGGUGCCCCUCGAGGCACUGACUAUUGUUUCCACGGUCAUUUCAGCAACCUCAGCAUUCGCCCUGUGGGGUCUUGCCCACACCUUGCCGCUUCUCAUUGUCUUCGCCCUGGUUUACGGCUUCUUUGCAGCCGGCUUCACAGCCAUGUGGGCAAGGAUGACGACUGCAGUGAGCACCGACUCGACUGCUGUUCCCAUGAUAUUCAGUCUUUUCAAUUUUGGGAAAGGAGUAGGCAAUGUUUUGGCUGGGCCGAUAAGCGGAAACCUCCUACAUCACAUCACGUCGGCGGAGAGUUAUGGCCUGGUCAAGUACAAAGGGGUGGUUGUUUUCACGGGAUCGUGUAUGGUCUUUAGCACCGUUGCCAUUGGCUUCAGAUACGCGAAACCCUGCUGGCCUCGAGAAGGGUAA